AUGAGAUUUCUACCAACUAUUGUUCUCGUGGCGUGCACCACUUCAUUGCAAUCUGGCGCCGCCUUUGCCUUUCAAUCCACUCCACUGCGAUCCAAUUUCGCCUCAACAACAACAACAACAACAAAGCAACAUAAUGAUUGUUAUCAACGAAGAAGCCAUCAACAUCAUCAGCCACUGUUCAUGUCUUCUACCGAAGAGGUUUCCAUUGCAGACAUUCAAGCGGAACUCGAACAAGUCCAAGCAGACUUCACCAGCAAACUGGAAGCGUGUGAAAGUCUGGCGGCUGCUGAAGACUUGAGAAGAGAAUAUCUCAGCAAGAAGGGACCCGUCAACAAGAGUAUGGUGUACAUGCGAUCGUUGCCAAACGAAGAGAAGCCCAAACUCGGUGCUGUCGUCAACGCGGUCAAGGCCAAUAUGGAUACCCUCAUGGUAGAAGCUAAGGAACGUCUUGAAUUUGCGGAUAUUGAAGAACAAAUGAAGGCGGAAGCAAUCGAUGUCACUUUGCCUGGUAUCGAUCCCUAUGGCAACGUUGGCCGUAGGCAUCCACUGAGUAUGACCAUGGAAAAGGCCAUUGAUAUUUUCACUUCAAUUGGUUACGAUACAGUUACCAGUUGUGAGGAAAGUCCUGAAAUUGAAACUGACUAUUACUGUUUCGAGGCUCUAAACUGUCCAAAGGAUCACCCCGCCCGUGACAUGCAAGAUACCUUUUACUUGACGGAGGAUCGUGAACUGAUGCUUCGCACGCACACCUCGGCCGUUCAAAUUCGUCAAUUGGAAAAGAGAAAGCCACCUCUACGUAUUGUUGCCCCUGGACGUGUCUACCGACGUGAUGACAUUGAUGCCACCCACUCUCUCAUGUUCCAUCAAGUCGAGAUCUUGGCUUUGGAGAAAUCAGGUGAAUUGGAUCUGGGACAUCUCAAAGGAACCGUCGAGCACUUUUUGAAGGAAAUGUUAGGACCUGCCAUCAAGACCCGAUUUCGAGGAUCAUUCUUUCCUUUCACAGAACCUAGCAUGGAAGUGGAUGUCUUUUUCCGCGGUAGAUGGAUGGAAGUUUUGGGAUGCGGGAUGGUGGAUCCCCGCGUAUUGGAAAAGGCUGGUAUUGAUCCUGAGGAAUACACUGGUUUUGCCGCUGGAUUUGGUGUGGAACGUUUUGCCAUGAUUAUUCAUGACAUUAAGGAUUUGCGAGAGUUUGUCAAGUCGGAUGUUCGAUUCAUCGAACAAUUCCCAUACUUUUACGAUGAUGGCAUGGAAUCCUUCUUGCGAGGAGAGAAACCUGAGAAAGAAGAGGAUUUGCGAACUGAUCAACUUCCACUGGAAAUCAUCGAAGAAUACGAAGACCUCAAAACUGCCAAGUACCCACCCAGAGAAGAGCCAGCGGCAGAAAAGAGCGAAAAGAAGACGAAGAAAUCGGCUCCGGCACCAGCUGGUCCUGUUGACAUUUCCAAGUUGGAUAUUCGUGUCGGCGUUAUCAAAAAGGUUUGGGAACACGAGGAGGCUGACAAGUUGUACUGUGAAGAAAUAGAUCUGGGUGAAGAAGGCGGUCCUCGCCAAAUAGCUUCUGGAUUAAAGGCACACUACUCCUUGGAGGAAAUGGAAGGACGCAAGGUCCUUGUAUUGGCCAACUUGAAGAGUCGCAAGCUGGUGGGAUUCCCUUCGCAUGGAAUGGUGCUAUGCGCAUCUUCCGAAGAUGGCAAAGUCGAGUUUGUAGAGCCACCAGAAGGUGCCGAAAUUGGAGAGCGAGUCAUGGUGGAAGGCUUUGAUGGAGAACCAGCAACCGAGAAUCAAGUCAUCAAGAAAAAGAUGUUGGAUGCCAUCUUCCCCGACUUGGCUACCGAUGAUUCGGGUGUUGCCACCUACCAAGGGAAGCCACUCUCAACCAGUGCUGGUGUUUGUACUUCUGGUGUCAAGAACUCUCCUAUUGCAUAG